AUGGUUGAGAGUCAUUGUUCAAUGUUAUUGAAAUGGAUUUAUAGAGGUUUAUUAUUCGUUAUUUUAAUCAAUAUCAUUGUAAUUCCAAUAUAUGGUGGAAUUUUAUCAUUUUGUUCAGAACCUGAAACAGUAUGUACAGUAUUUCGUCCAUGCUGUGGAAGAGAUUGGGUAUGUAAUCGUAAAAGUUCUGCCACUGGCAAAUGUGUUCAAUGUGCACAAGCUAAUAGUCCAUGUAUUCAUGCAAAUGAUUGUUGUCGAGGUGCAUGUAUAAAAGGUUCAUGCAAAUUGAUGAGUUUCUUUGGUGAGGAGUGA